AUGCCCUUUACUAACAAUAUCAAGCUCGGUCUCCCCGUUGGUGCCGUCAUCAACUGUUGCGACAACUCUGGUGCUAGAAACCUCUACAUCAUCUCCGUCAAGGGUGUUGGUGCUAGACUUAACCGUCUUCCUGCUGCUGGUGUCGGUGACAUGGUUAUGGCCACUGUCAAGAAGGGUAAGCCUGAGCUCCGUAAGAAGGUUAUGCCUGCUAUUGUUGUUCGUCAAUCUAAGCCAUGGAGAAGAAGAGAUGGUGUCUAUCUUUACUUUGAAGAUAACGCCGGUGUCAUUGUUAACCCUAAGGGUGAAAUGAAGGGCUCUGCUAUCACUGGACCCGUUGGUAAGGAAUGUGCUGAUUUGUGGCCAAGAAUUGCUUCAAACUCCGGUGUUGUUGUUUAA